AUGCAUGCAAAUGGAUGUAUUCGACAAGUUGCACAUCAGCUUUAUUGUUCAUCAAAUUCCAGCACAUUUAUAUUUUGUCUCCAUAUCAUUUCGCAGUACUCUGCCAUACUUGAACCAGUUACUCAGGCUCUUCAAGCUGUUCAAGUUGAUCUUCCAGAAGUCCAACUGCAAGUUCAAAAAUUACUUAAUGUUGUAAAACUUCACAGAGGUGAGUCCAAUAUUUAUUUCAAGGAUAAUUUUGAGAAAACAGCGCAAUUGGCACAGAAAAUGAAUAUUGAACUGAUAAUUCCAAGACAGUGCGGAAAACAAAAGUAUCGAAGUAAUCCGGGAACCAUGAGUGUUGAAGAGUUUUUUAGACAAACGAUUUACAUUGCAUACUUAGAUUCUCUAUUCGGCUCUUUGGAGAGUCGAUUUCGUGAAGCCAAUAGUGCACAAUUUAACUUAGUAUUUCUUCAUCCAUCUAAGUUGUGCCAUCUGAGUCGUCAAUACUUUAAAGAAAAAAUUUCUACGAUUAAUAAAGUAUACAACAUUGAUAAUUUUGAAACUGAAGCCUUGAGUUGGUUUGAUUUUUGGAAUGCGCAAGACUACAAAAGUAGCCUAGAUUUUAUCGAUUUACUACCUAUCACACAAUUUUAUCCCAGUGUCAGGUAUGCUUUAUUAGUUUUGUUAACUUUACCAGCAACAACAUGUACGGUGGAGCGAUCGUUUAGCACAUUGCGUCGUGUCAAAACAUGGCUUAGGUCAACUAUGUCAAAUGACCGUCUCUCUGUCUAUAUAGUAGCGAAUAUAAAAAUUAAACUUGAUGCAAAAAAACUCCUUAAAAGUUGUUACUUGUAA